AUGCCUCCUGGGGCGCGAACAUGGUGGACGGACGAAAGAGUCGCUGAGACGGUGACGCCUGCAUAUGUCCAUUCACAUCUCCGAGCCAACGAACAGGAGAUAUUGGGACGAUCACUCUACCAUGCCGGGGAUCUUACGGACAACACCUAUCUGGAUUGGAUUGUCCUUCGGGCAAAGCGCCUCUUCCUCAUUCUUGUCGACGCUGGUGUGCCAGACCAGAUCUUUGGUGUGAUUGAUGAUGGUUUCGAGGAUGACGACCUGCCCAUAGCGCAACACAUCGUUCCGACCUUGCGUCUCUCAAUCGAGCACGAUGUAGCACUGGACAAACGCUUCUACAAAGCACAAUUCAAGUUCCUUGCUAGAAUCCUCCAGGAUGGCGAGCACAUUCGUUACGCGGAAGAGGAGAGUGUCCCGCUGACGGUGAUCGGGAUUAAACCCUCAGCGUUACUCAACAAAGACAGCACUGAUGCUGUGCGCCUGCCGUCGGGCACAAGCGGCGUGUUAGUCCGGAAGCGAGUCGCUCUCAACACUAAAACGACCGAGACAGCGAUUCUCGGUGAGAUAGCAGAGUUGAAGAAGUUUUCGCACGAGCACGUUCUAUCAGUCUUCGCGAGUUAUGUACAAGGCGAUUCCCUGUACAUUCUUUCGACUCCUGCUGGCGAGUACUCGCUCAAGACAUUCCUUAUGGACCAGCCAAAAGCGUUUGAUGCGCUGCCUAAGCCAGAUCGGCGACGCAAACUCAUAAAUUGGCUUCAUUGCCUAGCAAAUGCGGUGGCUUGGCUCCACUACAACGGAGGCCACCACGGAGCAAUUCGUCCCUCGAACGUGCAUGUCACCCAAAAUUUCGAUGUUUGUCUUGGUUCUAUGGAUGGCGAAGGCGUUUUGUGCUCGAUAGCGAAGGCCGACGACAUCGAGUCCUAUCAAUACGCCCCACCCGAGCGCUGGAAGAGGUCCGUCACCGUGCAGAACACAGGGCACGGUAAGAUUUCACUCCCAUCCGGGAACAGAUCAGGCGGGAAGGCUCAAAGGGACGAAGAUAGCAACGAUCCCAGCACUAGGAGGUCGGGAUCUACGUUGGGUCAGUAUUCCGACAAAGACGAGAUUUACACAUUUCAGGCGGCCUCUAAAAGUGAAUUCAGUAGACUCAAAUUGAGUAACACACCAAAUUCGGGCAGGCAGUCGAGCUUGGGCUCUCGUCUCUCUACACGGAACGGAAUGGAUGGUGAUUCAAUCGAAUCUUAUGGGUUGCCCAAGAGGAAAGCAACAAAGCCGCCUUCCGUCAUGUCCUCCAACAGCUCGGAGGGACGUCCAAGAGCGUUUUCUGAUCCUCGAAAGGGCAUCUUUGUGGCCGCCCCAGAGCAACGAACAGCAGUUGUGCAGACGUGGAGGUCGGUUCAGCACGAUUCUUUCGCGGCCGACGUGUAUACACUAGGGGCAGUCAUCAUGGAUAUCCUUACAGUGCUCUGUAAGCGGACGUACAGCGCCUUUGCAAGACACCGGUCGAAGAACAAUCGAAAUGCUGGAAGAGGUGGUGGUCUGGCUGAUGCGAGUUUCCACGCUAAUCCUAGCCAAGUUUUGUCUUGGGCACAGAUACUAUCCGACGAUGCGGAAAAGAAGAUCAAACAAGACGAGAGCAAAGUAUUGUCCGCCGUGGGCGCAAUACUUCAGCAAGUUGUUCUCUGCAUGGACAAGGAUCCUGAAGCCCGCCCGAAAAGCGACGUGUUUGAACGGAAAAUUCGAGACCAUGUUUCUAAAUUCGCUGGGCUUCCCGAUCUGCACUGCGUCUCAGCGGUACCAGAUCCAUUGACGGAAAGCUCUCUCCGGCGAAUACGAUCCAUCGACCGCGCCACCAGUCAACAAGGAGAUGGCCGGGCGGAACGGCGACCUCUUCGAACAUAUCGCUCAAAGACACCGAUCCUCGAGCUUGAUGAAACUGCUACCGUUGACCUUCCCAGUCCGAGAUUCGACUACGCUGAUCGGCCAGCGACGAGCCGGACGGUUACUCGCCCAGCAUCGCCGCCCGCGGUAUCCCUAGACUCCUUUUCGUCUCUGCAUAUCGACCCGGAGAUCGACUCGCUACGCUCGGCGACGGUGGUGGCCCGCUCACGGGACCAAUCGGUAUAUAGUCCAAAGUCGGAUCGAAGCAAGGGCAGCAACCAGCCCAUACGAAUCUUAGGACCCCCACGACAGCUGUACCACGACAAUGACAGUACCACCGACGGGCGAGUCACAAGGACUUCCGACCAGACCAUGCUCACUUACAUGGACUACAGCACUAGUCCUUCCGACGACGAACGUGAUCGAUCGAAAUACUACUAUCCAAUGCCACCUCCUUCCCAGCCCCCACCAAAGAAGCAUCUGCCGGCCGUACCAGGAUAUCGUGGAGAGCCAGAUCUUGAACCUACUCCCCGAAAACCUCUUCAACCUGCCGAACAUUAUCGAUCUGCAGCGCAUCAGCGAAGUGCGCGUGCCGCCACGAAGGCCAUGCAACUUAAUAGCAUACGUGCCGAUCAAGCGUUCCAAGAGGACUACCCACCGCCUCGUGAGAGCAGUCUUACAAGAGACGAGCCUACCCCGCCCCCAAGGAGCAGUAGACGCCCGAAGAAUAUUCCAGUCGAUCAUGAAAUCGAAAGGGACAAAAUACGUACAGCAUCAAGAAGACGGGAGUACUCUUCUCAUCGGAAUCCCAUCGCUAGACACAUUGCGGAGCAGGAUAGAUAUUACCAGCAUCGCGUUUGA